AUGUCAUACCAACCACCUCCCCAUCCUCCCCCACAGCAGCAGCAGCAGUCGCAACAACAACAUCACCCGCAGCAGCAGCAGCACUACCCACCUCAAAGCGACUCGGGCACAUUCCCAGGCGGCCAGUACACUGUCAGCCACCGCGACACCAAUGCCGUGCUCAACCUCGACCUCCAGCAAGGCGCCACAAUCAAGGGCAAGCCCGGCGUCAUGAUCCACAUGGCCGGGUCCAUCCAGCUCACGGGCAAGACCAAGUUCUCCAUGAAGAAGCUCAUGACCGGUGGCGAGAUGAGUGAAUCGACCUAUGUCGGCCCAGGCCGUCUGGCGCUGGGCCCAACAUUGUUUGGCGAUAUUAUUACAUUGCACGUGGACGGACGCCAGAACUGGAUCAUCGGCAAGGACGCCUUUCUCGCGUGCACGCCCGAGGUGCACAAGGAGUCCAAAAGCCAGGGCUUCAGCAAGGCGCUGUUCUCCGGAGAGGACCUCUUUGUGUACCACGUCCAGGGGCAGGGCAUAAUAUGGCUGACUAGCUUUGGCGCCGUGGACCGUCUUGACCUCCGACCUGGCGAGCACCACAUUGUGGACAAUGGCCACCUCGUGGCGUGGAGCUGCGACUACAAGAUUGAAAAGGCGGGUGGUGGGUUCAUGGGCAGUAUGAAGACGGGCGAGGGCUUGGUGUGCCGCUUCACGGGACCGGGUUCUGUUUAUGUGCAGACGCGGAACAUGGAUGAGUUCAAGACUUUCAUCGCGGCUUGUGUAGGGCCUCAAUAG